CUCCUCCUCUCCGCCGUCUCUGCUUCCUCAACACGAUGGCGAUCUACACGCCACCGUCGUUGCCGCACACACCCAAUACUCUUCCUCCCCUCCCCACCGAACUCAUCCCGUCCUGCUCGAUGUGGCGCCCGACCAAGCACGAACUCCUCACGCCACCGCUCACCACCACCUUCGAGCAGCGCAAGACGACGAGUGCACAGGUGCACUUGCCGCCCAUCGCGUCCUUCGACCGGAGGCCACCAUUGACACCGCCGGACGACUACAAGUAUACGUCCCCUAAUCUCGCACCAAUCAUCACCACCGACCCUCCCUCCCUCGAUGACGCGCCCAUGCUCGAGUGCGACGCGCCCCUGCCCCCCUCGGACCAGCAGGACCUGUUCGACAUCGACUGGUUCAACUACGAUCGCACCAUGAACGCGCGCCUGAUCGCAGAGAAAGCCUGCGAGAUGGUCUGCUGGCUCUGGUUCGCCACCGACGCCUCCCCACGACCAGAAGACGCGUACCCAUCCCCCACCGACGCGCCCUUCACGCGCCCAACGUCCUCGCAAAUACUCCAACUCAACCCCUCCCCUAUAUUCGUCCAGUUUAUGCAGAAGCUGCUCGAGACGACGCAGGUCUCGCACUCUGUGAUCGUGCUCUCCCUCUUCUACAUUCGACGAUUACGGACGAAGGCACGGACGCCCGCGCAGGCGGGCAGCGAGUUUAGGAUAGCGGUGGCGGGGCUCAUGAUGGCGAACAAGUUCUUGGAUGAUAAUACAUACACGAACAAGACCUGGUCAGACGUCUCUGGGAUCGGCAUGGAGCAGAUCAACCGCAUGGAGCGGGAAUUCCUCGAGGGCGUCGACUACAACCUCUACGUCCAUCAACGCGACUUUGAGUCGUGGGUACAGCUCCUACGCGGGCUCGUCUCCGCGAAGCAGGUCGCCCUCCGCCAGUUCCGCAAGGGCCGGUCAAUGACUCGGGGGCGGAGCGGCCGCCCAGCACCGGCAUCAGCAUCGCGCGAGUACUCCUCACGGCGUGAACGGUGGCACAGGACGCGCUCAACAUCGCCGCGGAGCUCCGAGGUCGCACGCUCAAGAGGCUACGCGAUCGCGGGCUGGCAGCAGGACGCGUCAAGUCCGCCGCGACCCGCCGAGCAGCCUCCUAUGUCGUACGCCCCGAGCCCGCCAUUUCAGCCCGCGUCCGGGUCGAAGCGGGUGGCCUCUGCGGCGUUCUCGCCGACGAGCGCGACGUUCAGCGACGUGCCGUCAAAGCGUGCGAGCAUCUCGCUGCAGAUCCCGGAGUACCCGCAGACCGCGAACGCGGGCGCGGCCGCUUCACCGAUGGACCAGUUGUCGCAGUUCUCGAAGAUGCUGCUCGACUCGCCGAUGGACCCGUCGUCGUCGUUCGCGCGGUUGUCGGUGCACUCGCGGCCGUCGACGCCGCCGCAGAGUAAUAGACUGCCUCCACCGCAGCGUAUCACGCCACAGCGGCAGUCGACACUGUCGAGCGCAUAUACCUACGACGGGGCGAAGCAGUCGGUGGUGCCGCAGCAAAUGUACUUCUACACCCUUGCCUCGUCACCGACAGACAGCGAGGAGGAGCGCACGCGCAAGGCCCGGCUUCGGUGCUACCACCCUCCACCCCCGGCGACCUUCGCGCAGCACUACGUGCAGUCAUUGCCCUCGCUGCCGAUGAUGGUCCACUCGGCGCAGACAAGUCCGAACGGCGUCCACCUGCCGUCGAUCUCGUCCUUCCCCUCCACUUCUGCUCUCCCUCCCAUGCACUCCUCCAACACCUCCACCCUCCCCACCAUCAGCUCUCUCCCGCACUUCAACGAGACGGAAUGGACGCGACCGCCUGCUCCCGCAUACCCGUCACCACACUCGGAGACUAUGCAGGAGGACGCGGCGCCGUUCUACACGCCGUCGCCGGUGCGGUAUGCGCCGCCGACGUCUCAGCAACCGCAAUAUUCGCCGUCUCCGAUGCCCGUGCAGUUCGCACCGUUCGCUAAUGCGGGGCCACCCGGCGUGCUCCAGUUCUACCCCAGUCCUUCUCGCUAUCCUCUCCCCGGCGCAGACCGCUACCCUACUCCCGCUGCAGGCCGCUACCCGCCGUCGGCCUCACCUAAUGACUUCGACUACUACCGGACGCGACGCCGGGUCUACUAAUAAUCAUCAUCGCGACGUUCCAAGUACUCUAGGGUCUUCCUUAUACGUUACGGGCGUGAAGUUUCUCUCUUUGGGCGACACCUGACUUACCCUCUAUACUCGUAUCCCCCUCCUCCGCUGCAUUACCCAAGCCUUGUUCCUCCCUUCACCUCUACUGCUGCAUAUCAUCACUACCAAUCCGAUCCUCGCUGCAUUCGACGCAUACACACAAUAGUCCCAUUCAAUCCGGCCCUCAUGAUCAUUAUUACCUACCGUACGAACCACCUGCAUCCGCACCUGUUUAUUCCACGCAUACAUCUGUUUAUUCCAAGGACCCCGGUCUCGUCAACCGCCAUUGCCAACAUUACAAUCAUCGCCCGCAUACCUCAUGCGUUGUUGCAUUAUACAGUGUACGUAUUCUAUCGCUCGCCUCGCUGGCUUAUGUGUCUCGUACAUAGAGUACUCCGUUACGCAUGCCGUACUCCAUUUUUUCGCGCCGUGCACUGGUGCCCGUU